AUGGUCACUUGGGGCCCUGCUCAGGAUGCAAUCAUCCUCCUUGGUAUAAUGGAAUUCAUGGACAUCAAGGCGUCCACCGCUCUCCUCGAACACCUCGCCGAGAAGAUCGGCGACAAGUGCACCCCCAAGGCUGUGAGCCACAGGCUCAACAAACUCAAAGCCGAAGCCAAAAACGCUUCCGCCGGCACCGGAGCAUCCAGCGCCCCAGGCACCCCCUCCUCCAGCAAGCCCUCCAAAGUCGCCAAAACACCCAAAUCCACCGCCCGCACCACCCCCGGAAAAGGUCGCAACGGCACUGCCACUCCGCGCUCAACCAAGAAAGUCAAACUCACCUCAGACGAAGACGCCGAUCCAAUCGACGAGCUCCAACAGAGUCCCAGCGGCCUUGCCGCGAACAGGAAGCGCAGCCGCGCCGGGGCUGCUGCAUCGCAGGACACAGUCGCCGACAACGACGCCGACGACGACGACGACGAGGUUUUUGUGAAUAAGAAGAUCAAGGUUGAGGGCGGCUUCGACGGGCUGGAUUCGCUUCCGGACAGCGAGGACGAGGGCGUUGUUUAG